AGUUUCUCUCACCCAGGCAACGGGGACGGGGCUCCCGGGAAAACAGGAGGGAGGGAAGAAGGAGGAGGAGCGAGCCCAGCCCAACUGCGGGGAGCCCCAGCGCUGACCCCGGCAGAGACCCAGAGGGAGCGAGAAGGCCGGGGCAGCCCAUCCGGGCCAGACGAUGCCUCCCACCCCAUGAGCAUGUUUCAGAUCUCAGAGUUUGAGCCCAGUGAGCAGGAAACUCCCAAAGAAGACGGCUUUGCCUAUGCCCCGGGGGAGUCCAGGGGGCUGGGCAAGCACAGCGCCACUGCCCCCAGCUUGGCCCCAGUCAGGCCUGGACCCAGACCCGCACCUGGAGCCCACCACCAUGAGGGCGCAGGCGCAGGCGCCGGGGACAGAAGGCCCCGCCUGAUCUCCUACCCCCCACUUCGGGAGGGGCCCGGGGAGGCGAGUCCCGAAGCGGAGGCCGAGGCCGACUUCUUCGAGGGGGAGGAGGAACGCAGCCUGUUCCGGAGCCGCUCCAGCUCAGCGCCUCCUAUCCUCUGGGCUGCGCGGCGUUAUGGCAGCGAGUUGCGCAGGAUGAGCGACGAGUUCGAUUGCACCUUCAAGGGUCUUCCCCGCCCGAAGAGCGCCGGCACUGCGAGUCAGAUGCGUCGGAGCCACGGCUGGGCCCGCACCUUCCAGUCUUGGCUCAGCCGGAGUCUGGGGAAAGGGAGCGCCGCCGGUCCUUCCCACUGACCCCCACCCCUUCCCCUUUUUUUCUCAAGCACCUCGACCAUCACGUAGUUUGGCGGCCAUGUUGCGUAAGGGCGGAAGUGCUCUGCCCCUAUUUCCAGGGGCCAGGAGCAAGCGCAGAAGUUCAGGGAGUCAGAGAGCGUAUGGCGUGACUGCAGUCUUUCCUGGGCCAAGCGAAUUAUUUGGGGAGCCAGGGCGCCGGUAUCUCGGCAUAACAGUAGUCAGGCUUUUUCCGCCCAUAGCCAACAUGGCCGCCGGAAGCGGCCUGCCACUAGAUGUCCAGGCCCGCCCUUACCAAUCGGCUUGUGGGCGGGGCCUCGUUGCGCCUGCGCCUUGGUCAGAGCCCAGAUUAACCAUUUCUCCCCCGGGGAGCUGCUCACGUAGCUGACUCUUGGGUUCUCUGUGUGAACGUGGCAAUAAACAGAUCAUUUGUU